AUGAGCCACCUCCUCAGUCGGCUGCUUCUUCACCCUCCGCUGAAUCCUCUCUUUUUCACAUCUCAUCAGUUUCCAAAAAAUCCGUCACCAACACCGAUGGCUUUACCUUUUCCGCUGCUCUUUGGACAUACUAUCGCUUCCUCUUUAACUCUAAACAGUUCUCAUGUUGCCCACCACCAUCCUCUCCCACCUCUAACAUCGCCUACCUAUGCUAAUACUACUGUUGUCGUUCUUCAACACGCAGGCCUCAUCUGCCAUGGUUUUGGUCUAGACACAGUUGCCAACACUGCACUUGUUGACUUCUACAGUAAAUGGGGAAGAAUCGAUGAUGCACGCAACGUGUUUGAAAAAAUUCCUCACAAGAACGUUAUAUCAUGGAACGCGUUAAUUGCUGGAUAUGGUAAUCAUGGGAGAGGAAUUGAAGCUUUAGAGUUAUUCAAACAAAUGAUUACUGAAAACAUGAUCCCAAAUCAUGUUACUUUUCUUGUUGUUCUAUCUGCUUGUAGCUAUUCUGGUUUAUCAGAUCAAGGGUGGGACAUAUUUGAAUCAAUGGGAACAGAUUUCAAGGUAAAACCUAGAGCUAUGCAUUAUGCAUGUAUGAUUGAGUUAUUAGGUCGUGAAGGGUUAUUAGAUGAAGCUUUUUCUUUGAUCCAAAAUGCUCCAUUUAAUCCUACAGUAAACAUGUGGGCUGCUUUGCUUACAGCUUGUAGGGUCCACAAGAAUCUAGAACUUGGAAAGCUUGCAGCUGAAAAAAUAUACGGUAUGGAGCCAGAAAAGCUUAGUAAUUAUGUUGUUCUUUUAAAUAUUUACAACAGAUGUGGAAAACAAAAAGAAGCUGCUUCUGUUUUUCAUACUUUAAAAAAGAAAGGUUUGAGGAUGUUGCCUGUGUGUAGUUGGAUAGAUGUGAAGAAACAACAGCAUAUGUUUGUUUCAAGUGAUAAAAAAUCAAAAUCCCAUGUUCAAAUUGUAAGGAAUUUGAAGAAAUUAAUGUUGGAAAUUGGAAAAUACGGUUAUGUUCCAAACAAAAACUCAGAAAACUAG